AUCGGGGAAUCGGCUGCCCCGGACUUCGCGGGGAUUAUCCAGACGUGCAUCCAAUAGCUGGACGCUGCCGUACGGAGCAACACCCACGGCGAGCGCAAUGGAGGCGUCGUCUUACACUCGGCUGCAUACCGAGGCCAUCCACAACAUACAGCAGCAGCCAAACGCCGCCGUCACAUUCGAUGCGCCAGCCCGUGGCAUCGCUUCCAGCGGAUCCCGCAAAACGAAGCUUACCCCCAUCUCGAUUUCCUAUUUCCGAGUGCAGCAUCGCCCCGAUCACCAUUCAUCGCGUGUUCCCCCACUCCAAGACCCCCCCCCCUAAAAGCCUAGACGGACAAUCGUCAUCCGCCGCGUUGGGCAGCACUGCGUCACGACCAGUCGCCUGGUUCUGGCCCAUGGACGCGAGCCACGCAACCCUUCGGCCCUGCGUGCGAAGCUGCACCCCAGCCAGUCGUUGCGGCAGGGCGGUGCGUGAUGAGAGGCUGCAUCUUGCAGAGCCCUGCUACUGCGCGGCCUAAGCCGUCUUGAGAAGACCAACUUCAUUUUUGGGAUUGCGCAUUAGCAUCGGGCAUGUUAUCUCACAGCUGCACGCAUGCGUCACGA